AUGAGGAGGUUUCUGUUACUCUAUGCGACACAGAAAGGACAGGCAAAGGCCAUAGCAGAAGAAAUAUGUGAAAAAGCAUUUGCACAUGGAUUUUCUGCAGAUCUUCACUGUAUUAGUGAGUCAGAUAAGUAUGAUCUGAAAACCGAAACCGCGCCUCUUGUCGUGGUGGUUUCCACCACUGGCACUGGAGACCCACCUGACACUGCGCGCAAGUUCGUGAAAGCAAUACAGGACAAGGCUCUGCCGGGAGAUUUCUUUGCUCACUUGCACUAUGGAUUACUGGGGCUCGGUGAUUCAGAAUACACAUACUUCUGUAAUGGUGGGAAGAUCAUUGAUAAGCGACUUCAGGAGCUUGGUGCCCAGCAUUUCUAUGACACCGGACAUGCGGAUGACUGUGUGGGUUUAGAACUUGUGGUUGAGCCAUGGAUUGAUGGACUCUGGGCUGCCCUCACGAAGCAUUUUAUGGCCAGUAGAGGAAAAGAGGAGAGGAAUGGGGCUCUCAAGAUGGCAUCUAAUGCCUCUCAACGGAUGGAUCCUGUGAAACCAGAAUUAUUACACAUUGAAUCACAAGUUGAACUUCUGAGAUUAGAUGAUCCGGGGAGAAAGGAUUCUGAAGUGCGGGAACAGAGUACAGUGAACAGAAAUCAGUCAAGUGCUCCACCAGCAGAAUCUGAGUCCUCACUUACCCACUCGAUACCCCCACUUUCACAAGCCUCUCUGAAUAUUCCCGCCUUACCACCAGAAUAUUUGCAGGUGCAUCUGCAGGAGGCUCUCGGCCAGGAGGAAAGCCAAGCAUCUGUGACUUCAGUGGAUCCAACUUUUCAAGUUCCAAUUUCAAAGGCAGUUCAACUGACUACAGAUGAUGCCGUAAGAACCACUCUUCUGGUGGAAUUGGACAUUUCAAAAACAGAUUUUUCCUAUCAGCCUGGAGAUGCCUUCAAUGUGAUCUGUCCCAACAGUGAUUCUGAGGUACAAAACCUUCUCCAAAGACUGCAACUCACGGACAGAAGAGAGCACUGUGUCCUCUUAAAAAUUAAGGCAGACACACAAAAGAAAGGAGCAGCCUUACCCCAGCAUAUACCUGAGGGAUGUUCUCUCCAAUUCAUUCUGACCUGGUGCCUUGAAAUACGAGCAGUUCCUAAAAAGGCGUUGUUGCGAGCCCUGGCGGACUACACCAGCGAUGGGCCCGAGAAGCGAAGGCUGCAGGAGCUGUGCAGCCGCCAGGGCGCGGCCGAUUACAACCGUUUCGUGCGAGAUGCGCGCGCCAGCCUGUCCGACCUGCUCCUCGCGUUCCCGUCCUGCCAGCCGCCACUUCGUCUCCUGCUCGAACAUCUUCCUAAGCUCCAGCCCAGACCAUAUUCAUGUGCGAGCUCAAACCUGACUCACCCAGGGAAGCUUCAUUUCAUUUUUAACAUUGUGGAGUUUUUGUCUAACACCACAAUGGAGGUUCUGCGGAAGGGCGUGUGCACAGGCUGGCUGGCCACGGUGGUCGCGUCCAUUCUUCAUCCAGACCCGCGAGUGUCCCAUGCAGAAGGUGGGAAAGCCCCGGCUCCGGAGAUAUCCAUCUCUCCUCGAACAACCAAUUUUUUCCACUUACCGAGUGACCCCUCAGCCCCCAUCAUAAUGGUGGGUCCGGGAACUGGCAUAGCGCCCUUCAUUGGUUUCCUGCAACACAGAGAGAAACUCCAAGAACAACAUCCAGAUGGACACUUUGGAGCAAUGUGGUUGUUUUUUGGCUGCCGCCAUAAGGAUCGGGAUUAUUUAUUCAGAGAGGAGCUCAGACAUUUCCACCAGCGUGGAAUCCUGACUCACUUGAAGGUUUCCUUCUCAAGAGAUGCUCCUGUUGGAGAGGAGGAAGCCCCAGUGAAGUACGUGCAAGACAACAUCUGGCUUCACAGCAAGCAGGUGGCAAAGCUCCUUCUUCAUGAGCACGGCUGUAUUUACGUCUGUGGAGAUGCUAAGAAUAUGGCCAAAGAUGUCAAUGAUACCCUUGUGGAAAUAAUCAGCAAAGAGGCUGGAAUUGAAAAACUAGAAGCAAUGAAAACAUUGGCUACUUUGAAAGAAGAAAAACGGUAUCUUCAGGAUAUUUGGUCAUAA